AUGCAUGGUUACAGCCGCCUAGGCGGAGCAGCGCGGUCGCCGCCGUCGUCGCCGCGGUUCCGCCACGGCCGGAGCAAGAACAGUAGCUGGGGUUCGUCCAAGGAGAGCAAUUCCAUGGAGAAGUUGGUCUUUAUUCUUAUGUCGGCAGUUUUCAGAAGACGAGGUUUGCUUCUGUUUGCACCUUUGCUGUACAUUUCGGGAAUGUUGUUGUAUAUGGGUUCCUUUAGCUUCGACGUUGUCAGUAUAAAGAAUGGUGUCGUUCUUGUACACAAGCGUGCUCCUCCCGGUUCUGUUUAUAGGAGUCCUCAGGUCUUCGAAAACCUAUGGCCGUUCAUGGAGGCUGAGGCCGCCAAUGCUAAUAAUGGAACUGUCAAAACGUUGAUGAAGGCAUGGACUAGAAAGGAGCUUACAGAGUGGAGGCCCUGUGCUAACAGAAGUAUUUCUGAAACAGAAUUGCCAAAGUCAAAUGGGUUCCUUAUAAUUGAAGCAAAUGGUGGAUUGAAUCAGCAACGCUUGUCGAUAUGUGAUGCUGUUGCUGUGGCUGGACUACUAAAUGCAACUCUUCUUAUUCCUAUAUUUCAUUUAAAUAGUGUAUGGCGAGACUCGAGCAAUUUUGGCGACAUUUUUGAUGAAAAUUUCUUCAUACAAUCACUUGGAAAUCAUGUGCAUGUGGUGAGAGAACUCCCUGAUGAUAUACUCCAACGAUUUGACAAUAACAUAAGUAAUAUUGUCAAUCUUAGAGUAAAAGGUUGGUCUAGUUCAGCUCACUAUCUUCAGAAGGUCCUUCCUCAGCUUUUGCAAAUGGGGGCUGUUCGCAUUGCCCCUUUCUCCAACAGAUUAGCUCAAGCUGCACCCUCAAAAAUCCAAGGGCUUAGGUGCUUUGCCAACUUUGAUGCUCUUAGAUUUUCCAAACCUAUAAGAACACUUGCAGAAAGCAUGGUUGAUCGGAUGAUUAAAUAUAGCUCCCAAAGUGGAGGGAAAUAUGUUUCGGUGCAUCUUCGUUUCGAGGAGGAUAUGGUUGCAUUUUCAUGCUGUGAGUAUGAUGGUGGGGAGGAGGAGAAACAUGAAAUGGAUAUUGCUCGUGAACGGAGCUGGCGAGGUAAAUUCAGAAGAAAACAUAAAAUAAUAAAGCCUGGUGUUAAUCGUGUGGAUGGAAGAUGCCCGUUGACUCCAUUGGAGGUAUGCAGUUACAGAUUCUUGUGCUUCCUCUGUUGGGUCUUUUAA